AUGGUCUUCCAAAAAGGCAACAUCGAGUUCAUCCUGGAGUCACUGGAGACGAAUUGUGACCACGAUUACGUUGAGUAUUUCCGCAAAGUUCCGAACACGAAACUGCUUUAUACCUUUCGAGUGGUCAAACUGGCACCUGCUUUCACCAUCGAUAUAACAGUGAAAGUAGUUAAGACCCAGAGGAUUUUCUAUAAGAUGGAGAACAUAAAGGGCUGUGACUUUCUGAACAAUCCGCUGCUCUUCAAAUUGUUUGGUGAGGUCUACAACCACCUCGUGGUCAAUAGCAGUUACUUUAAGUGCCCCAUCAAGCCGAAGGUUUACUACCUGAAAAAUGAGGGUACAGUGUCAAUGAUUCCCAGCAUCCAUCCACCUGGACGCUUCCAGCUGUCGAUGCGUGUGAGAAUGGCGGAAAGUCGAGCGCCAUUCGUUAUGGAAAUGUUGUGGAAGUAUAAAAUUGUGCGUAUCAAAUAAAAACAUUUGCAAAUUCGGGUGGUGGUGUGCUGUGCAAAUAGCUUGAGUUGCUCAUAUGCCGUGUAGUUAGCAGUCAUUACUUCAUAAGUUCCGCACACUAGGACGCAAGUUGCUCAUACGCAGCGUAGUGCGCACUCGUUGCUCAUACGCAACGUUGUUGCCACUCACUCCCAGAGGUGCCGUUAUGUGUGGAACGGCCGUGUGCGUUUCGGCACUCGCAAAAUCAUAAUUCGCCGGCAAUGCCUUCUUUGCAUUUAAUGUAGCGUAAACAUUUUAAUUUUUUAUA